UUAUAGCACAGCCGCGCGCAAUAUCAGCGUCGUUCCUGCUAUGGGCGUGCGUUUCACGAGCGCACUGCUGCUUUACUAUUCCAUCAGUUCGACCAAUGAGCAUCGAGGCUUUUUGCAGAGAGAAAGGCACACACGAAUGUGAUUCUAGUAAAGAUACACUGGGUUCUCACGGAAUCCCUUUACGCACACCAGGUUUUUUUUUCCCCAAACACCAAUCCACUCUUCUUCCCCUCCUUUUUUCUCUCUCUCUCUCUUCUUCUCCACUCCCCUCCUCUCUAGCUGUCCCCACCCCAGAUUUUCCCGUGCAAUUUUCCCCAAUCCCAAACACUUAAUUGAGCAAUUGGGAUUCCUCACGUGUGGGCUGAUUUGUAGUUUGAACACGUGGCUCAUUCAAAAAAAAAAAGCCGGAAUAGCAGAGGAUUUUUUUUUUUUUCAACCCCCUUCUUCUUCUUCUUCUUCUUCUUCUUCUUAUUCUAGGCUCUAGACUUAGAGGCGGGCGCCAGCCUUUACCGUGUGUGUGACAUUCUCUGUCUCUUUGCCAAAAGGGGGUUUGGAGGAAGACACACAAAGUAGUUUUCUCCUCCUUUUUUCAACCCAGCCCGCCAUCGUUUUUUUGGAGAUUAAUAAUUGAGCAUUUUUAUUUAUUGCGCGAUAGAGACCAGAGGGGCGAUAGGGAGAGCAGAAACGCACCGUGAGGCUGCCAGUUUAAAUCUAUCUGUGGCUUUGAACGACCGAGAAGCACGCCACACAGCCACUCCGUAUAGUAGUAAAAGGCGAUUUAGGCGACUCCAAAACACGAGCGCAAAAAAAACACCAACUAUCUCUCCCUCUCACAGCGUUAAAGAUUGUCCCUUUUUUUCGGCGCAAGAACAUGAAUAAGCUAUACAUUGGCAACGUGAGCGCCGAGGUGACCGAGGAGGAACUCGAACUUCUCUUUGAGCAGCAUAAGAUUCCGCACAGUGGUCCGUUUCUUCUCAAAGCUGGCUAUGCGUUUGUGGAUUGCCUCGACGAGAAAGCUGCAAUGAAGGCCAUCGAUGCUCUUUCAGGUAAAGUUGAACUUCAUGGGAAACUUCUCGAAGUGGAGCACUCGGUGCCUAAACGUCAAAGGAGCUGUAAGCUGCAGAUCAGGAACAUCCCGCCUCACAUGCAGUGGGAGGUUUUGGAUGGCAUGCUUGCUCAGUAUGGUGCAGUAGAGAGCUGUGAACAAGUAAACACUGACACAGAGACUGCAGUAGUCAAUGUUCGAUAUGGAGCCAAGGACCAGGCCAGGCUGGCGAUGGAGAAGCUGAAUGCGACUAUGAUGGAGAACUACGCCUUGAAAGUGUCGUUUAUCCCAGAUGAGACGGCUGCACCAGAGGGUCCUUCGGCGGGGGGCAGGAGAGGCUUCAACAGCCGCGGAACCCCUCGCUCCGGCUCCCCAGGUCUGGGCGCUCGGCCCAAAAUGCAGUCAGACAUCCCGCUGCGCAUGCUGGUUCCCACACAGUUUGUAGGGGCCAUUAUCGGCAAGGAGGGCGCCACUAUCCGCAACAUCACCAAACAGACCCACUCAAAGAUUGACAUACAUAGGAAAGAGAAUGCAGGUGCAGCAGAGAAGCCCAUCACGAUUCACUCCACCCCUGAAGGCUGUUCGAACGCUUGUACAACCAUCAUGGAGAUCAUGCUGAAGGAAGCCCUCGACACAAAGUUCACUGAGGAGAUCCCACUGAAGAUACUUGCACACAACAACUUUGUAGGAAGGUUAAUAGGGAAGGAAGGACGCAACCUGAAGAAAAUCGAGCAGGAUACGGGGACCAAGAUCACAAUCUCAGCUCUCCAAGACUUGACCGUGUACAACCCAGAGCGGACCAUCACAGUGAAAGGCACCGUCGAGGCAUGCACACGAGCCGAGGAGGAGGUGAUGAAGAAGGUCAGGGAAUCGUAUGAGAGCGACAUGGCUGCUAUGAACCUCCAGUCCAACCUGAUUCCAGGCUUGAAUCUGAACGCUCUGGGUUUGUUCCCCAGUGGAGCGCCAGGCAUGGGUCCCUCCAUGUCUAGUAUGCCACCUCCUGGAGCCCACGGUGGAUGCUCGUCAUUUGGAUGCAGUCCUUAUGGGGGUGAGGGGCCAUUUUGGGCUUCUAUGCUGUCGGCGAGCAGCCAGCCCCUUGCUGGACACCCAGAGUCGGAGACGGUUCACCUGUUCAUCCCUGCGCUAGCGGUGGGAGCCAUCAUCGGAAAACAGGGUCAACACAUCAAACAGCUGUCACAUUUUGCCGGAGCCUCAAUUAAGAUCGCCCCUGUAGAAGAUCUGGGUACCGGAACAACGAGGAUGGUCAUCAUCGCUGGACCGCCAGAGGCUCAGUUUAAGGCUCAAUGUCGCAUCUUCAGCAAGCUGAAGGAAGAGAAUUUCUUUGGACCGAAAGAAGAGGUGAAGCUGGAGGCUCACAUUAAGGUCCCUUCCUUUGCUGCUGGACGAGUCAUCGGGAAAGGUGGAAAAACGGUAAACGACCUGCAGAACCUGUCCUGUGCGGAGGUGGUGGUGCCCAGGGACCAGACGCCUGAUGAGAAUGACCAGGUUGUAGUUAAGAUCAGCGGACACUUCUUUGCAUGCCAGCUGGCCCAGAGAAAGAUCCAGGAGAUCCUGACCCAGGUGAGGAGGCAGCAGCAGCCCAAGCCCACAUCUGGAGCCCAACCUCCACAGCCCCGCAGGAAGUAAAGCUCCAGCAGACCUGGAGGAACGGUGACUGGAUCUGCCAGAAGACUCGACAGAUGGACAGAUGCAGCAGUGUCCAGGGGGGAGAAGAAGGAAGACAAGGGGUCGUAACGCUCAUCUCAGGGGGGUCAAAGGUUGUCAGAACCCAACCAAACAUCCACCCCUCCUUGUCUUACUUGAUGAACUUUCUAGUGUGGCUAAUAAGAGAUCUCCACCCACCUCACCUCUCUGCAUCUCUGUGAGAAUGUACUUCUGAGGGCUCCCAACAAACGUCACCUGCCCUCACAUGUACGCACCCCUCGACCGCUCUCCUCUCCCCCUUCCCCCCUCCCCCACGGGUGUGUUGAAUUUUUUUUUUUGUCCUCUUUUUACACUAGAAACACAAAGAAGAAAUAAGGAUCCCCCUCCUAUCACCUCCUUGAUGUGGUACUUCAAAACUGACAAGAUGUUUUGGUUGACUUCAGAUUUAGUCUUUUUUUUUUUUUCUUUUUUUUUUCUUUUAUUUUAGUGUUUAAUUGGUUGAUGAAGCUUUCUCAUGAGUUUUCUGUGGAAAGGAAAAGGCAUUGCUAUCAAGGUCCUGGUUGGACCAACAGAGAGGUUUAUUUUGGGGGAGGGUUGGCUCAGAUUGGGUGGGCCAUGUUUAGGGGAAAGAUUCUUGUUUCAGGACAGGACCCCUGAAAGGGUGGAUUAUAUUUGGGCGUCCUGCCCUUGUAAUGAUAGUGGCAUUUUAUAAAUUUGGAUGCAUUUUAUAGAUAGACCUAUAUACAUAGAUGAAUAUAUAUUUAGAGGUGAGGGCAGCGCCACGACUGACACUUAGGGAAACGGUGCCGAACUGCUGCUGCCCAGGAAAACCAAUUUAAUAUGCAUUUUACUUAACUACCUCAGGAUCUAGUACCUCAGAAGAGAAAAGAAAAAUGAUUAUAUAUAUAUGAAAAAAAAAUGUUCCUUUCUUUUUUAUUUUGCUUUUGUGGUAUUUUGUAUACUUUAUAAAGCUGAUAGUCUUUGAACAUUUUUAUUUUUUUAAGAAAAUUUAAAAUUUGGUCAGCUGCCAACUGACCUUGCCUUCAACUCUGGUGCUUUAGGCGGCACUGUUCAUGUGUAUGUGUGACUUAAGAUGACCCUGUACAUAAAGUCUAUUUGUACAUAGCAGCCCCUGAGCAAGAGUUGGCGCCCCCUCAGCUGGCGGCUGACAGGAGUAUCGAGAGAAAAUCGCCUCAGUUUUUCCCCUGAGGGUCCACCAUCUUCUGAAAAAAAAACGUACAAACCAACUAAGACAUGCAAAUAAUGCCAACCGUACAUAAUUGCAGCAAUGCCAUUUAGUUUUGGGAUUGACAUUGUUAUUGGUACUUUAAUUUGUCAAAAGAAUCCUUUUUGCCUUCCUAGGAGGGCUGUGGUCAGGGCAGCGCAGUGUGGACUGUACUGGUCCUCUCUCUAGCUGCCCUACAGUCAGCAGAGCGUCUGUUUUUUUUGUCUGUUCUGUUCCCAGCCACCUUCUUGACGAUGGCGUCUUAGCAAGGUCCAAAGCCCGACUAGGUUUAUUUUCAUAGAGCAAGCUUUGUCAGUUCGGAGUGGCCCUUGUAGCCAGGCCAUCAAGUCAAUGGUAACGUCGUUCACUGCAUGGUGAGGGUAGGGGGAGUCACACUGAUAGACGCAUCUUUUUUUUUUUUUUUUUUUUUUGCGCUAUAGGAAAAAUGAUUUAGAGACAUUCUCUGUAACCCACAACUUGAUGUUUCAAUUUGUUGUUCAAACAGGGAAAACGAGCCAGAAAAGGCACACAAGAUACUGAAUGAACCCCCGACUUUUGGGGGGCAACAAAAGAGGAAAGGAAUCCAAAACUUAAAUAUACAAUUUUUAUUUCAUUUGUCUCUUCAUGCCGAAUGUAAAUAUGUUGAUUGUGGUAAAAGUGCUCGAGUGUAUCCAUGCUUCCACAGUAGAACGCCGUCUACCUCAGCUGAGGGGGUGGGGGGUUGUUGUGGCACGAGGCACCCCACCCUGCCCCCACUGAGCGCCAGCGCGCAUUGAUACCUCAAUCCCCCCCGAACACUUCUUUCUACAUGGGCGCGCCAUCCUAACAACCGCGCUUCACUGAGGGGCACAAGUGAUACUUAAAAAUCUCCCCGACACCCCCCCGAUUCCCCGCUUCCUUCCUGCCAAACCACCCUCUCCACCCCUUUCCCUCUCCUCCGCAGUUUGUUUUGAUCUACCUCUUUAGACACGUAUUUGAAGUAGAGGCAUUCUUCUAUUUGUUAGGAUUUAGCCCCCCCCGCCCCUCCUUUACGCCUCCCCGUGCUUCCCCCGAUAUGAAUGAAAACUAAAAAUCAUGUACUCUUUAGAAUUGAGAGAAUAAUCGAAAGUGAUCAAAAAAUAUUUUCUUUUGCCAGUGUUUAUAUGUACUCUCUUUUUGGCUUAAUUGAAAUUCUCAAACCGAUGGUUAUUUCUUUCUGCUUUCUAUUUUUGGUGGUGUGGCUUACAUGUAUUUGAACUUUUGCUUGGGUUUUUUGUGAAAAAAGGUCAAAUCACGUGUUUGAUUUUGCAUUCAAUAGUUAAAAACGAGAAAAAUACAGUUUUUUAAAAAAAAGGGCCUGCCUUUUUUUGUUUCUGAUUUGUAAGACUUCAAAAUAGAUACAAGUCCUGUCUUUUUUUCCCUUUUGUCUUUUCACCGAUGCUACACUCACUCGCUGAUUUGGUAGCUAUUUUCUUCUGUUAGCAUUUCUUGGCUGUGUAACGUGGAACAUCUUGGUAUGAGACAGAUAUGAGGGACUGGGUCUCUGAGUUUUUUGGAAAAGUGAUCUAACUUCAGCAUGAUAUUCCCUUCUCCCCCUCUCUGCAACCAUGCUUGUGCCCCUUCACCUCCCCUUCACACACAGCUCCACUUGUCAAAUGCCUCUGAAUAAAAAAAAUAAUUAAA